ACUAGUGCGAGUCGGUGUCCUAUUAGUGGGCGGCAGUGUAUGUGCGUGUGAGUGUGGCCUUGAUCGACAGGCCUUGAGUCGUGAAACUUCCGAAGCAAAGUGAAACAGAAACAAAAAUGUCCAAAACAAUCGAAACGCAUCUCCAAAGUAACGAGGUCCGAAUACCGAAGAAGGCGACCGAGUUCAACCUGCGGGGCUCGGCGGCCGCCCCUCCGUGUCAGUACUUCAAGAGCUCCUUCGCUCGCUCGCUGUCCUUUAGCCAAGGGCCAGGUGGAGGUGGUGGCCAUGGCCAUGGCGGAGGACCCUACGGAUCCGCCGAACAGCACUUUACCCGGUCGUUGGAUUUCGAUGUGAACUACGAUCCCCAUCCGCUCGGCGGUGGUGUCGGAUCGCGCCAGAUGACGCCGUCUUCGGCCUCACCGGUGUACGAGGAGGAUGCCGACGAUUGCCAUGAUCAACUGUCCCUGAGCGGACUGAACGGCAGUAUUGCGGCCAGUAACGGUGGCAUCGUCAAGACGCUGUGGAAUUACGCCAAAGGACAGGAUAUUAAACCAAUCAACGGCAGCCCCGUCAAAAACGCCAUGGGCUUCAAAUCGCAUGGUUCACCCGGUGCAAGGAAAUCUAUUGAAGGCAACGAAAUAGAAGUCUUACGUCUUCGAAAGGAAUGCCAGAGCCUGAUCGAGGAGAACCGUCGGCUGGUGAACAUUGCCACGGUGGCCGGUGGCAACGGUGGCGCCAUCUACGCCCUCGGCGGCAUGCUGAACGGUGGGAGCGGAGCCCCCGGUUCCGGAAGUCUGUCCACGCUGGGCAUGGGCGUGCCGAACGGCGGCAGCUACGCCAGCGUCGAGUCUGUGAUCCUGCAAACGCAAGUCGAAACGCUCCAGUGGCAACUGAAACAGGUCGACUCCAGCCGCCACAUGUACCGGGCCGUGAUGGAGGAGGUGGUCCGGUUUCUGGACCGCUGCUACCGCUCGCUGGACGCGCUGCAGGCCGCCAGCGCCCAGAUGGGCCGGUCGAAGAGUGUGCUGCAGGUAAACUCCGGGAAAACGGGCAGCCAGCAUCCGCAGCCGCCACAGCAGCAGCAACAUCAGCACCAGCACCACCAUCACCACGACUCGGACAGCAGCAGCGCCAGCAGUCCGCGGGCCCGGAGCAGCACCAACCUGAUCGAGGCCCCCAAAGCAGCGUACACCAAAGCGUCGGGAAAGAACGGCCGGCUGGAGCAGCAGCACCAGCACCAGCCUUCCUCGCUGUCCCUGGCCGGCACAGCUCUCCACGAGGACGAUUGUGUCGUCCCGCCAUCACCUGCCAGCUCCUACAGCACCUUCCGAGACUUUACUUGGCGACGCUCACCGAAACGAACCCAGACUCUGCCAAUUUCCUGCAACGAAGUUGACCCGGAGAAGCUGGCCCAGGAGGCGUUCCGUUUGCUGCGGACGGUGCAGAAUCUCCUGAACACGCAGGAACCGACGCUGGCCCAGUCGACGAACGCACUGGACAGCCUGAUCUCGUCAACGGCCGCUUCCAGCUGCGGCGGCAGCAGCACCACCCUGACCGGGGUCGGUCUCUCGGCGUCGUCCUCCAUCGGGGUCGGUAUCGGCGGCGGUGUCCUGGGCAGCAGCAUGCCCACUCUUACCGGCAGUGGCGGCGGCAGUAGUGGUGGUGGCUUAGGUCCCGGAGUCGGUGGCAGUGUUGGUGGAUCCAUCGGCGGAACAGGCACCAGCUCGUCGGGAGGAGGAAUCGCGAACGGAACCGGUGACAGCUUGGAUGGUCGCAAUCAGGGGACACCAGCGGCAGCACUGAUGGCCGUCAACACCCGCAGCACGGUCGGGUUCAGCCGCAAGCUGAACAUGCGCGGCAGUCGGCUAUCGGUCCGCAGCAGCACGGCCGAUUCCGUCCAUUCGACGUCAUCCUCGACGAAAACGGAAACGGACGAAGAUAGUACGGCCGCGGAUCGACCAUCGCCACCGUUACUUCUGUCCCAUCAUCCUCAUCACCACCAUCUGCAUCUGGCGAAUGGCCACGGGGGUGGCGGCGGCGGCAGCGCCGGAUCGAUGGUCAAUGGCUCGACGGGCAACAACAACGGGGGGGCCGGUGGCACGGGAGGGAGCAGCAGCAGUAGUAGCAGUUGCAGCAGCACCUCCGGCACCGGGGGACACCACCAUCAUCACCACCAUCACCACCACCACCGGUACAGUGCCAACAUCGAGCGGAUCAAGGAGAUGAUGAUCUCGAGCUCGGCGGAGGACGAGAGCGGCUUCAGCUCGAUGAACUCGUUCCAGGAGAUUGGCCUUCCGCUCAUCAACUCGACGAUGCUGUCGUCGGUCGGCUCGGCGGACAGCACCAGCCACGGCAACGGAUCACUCGGAAGUGGUUCGUCUUCUGCCACGGAUCACGGUCUGACCUCUGCUGGUGGUGGUGGCACGGCCGGGGGAACCUUCGAUGAUUCGUCGGAACUGCGGGAAAACACCACCGUCAUUCCGAUCGAUGGCACUGCAACGGCGGCCAGCGGAAGUGCGAACCGGCUGGGAAUCCCAGCGUCCCCGGCCAAAGUGGUGACGACGUCCGUGGUCAGCUCCUCAUCUGCCAGCCCCUCCAAGGCGACGGUGGUGGUGGUUAACGGCAGUCCGGUCUCGUCCUCGGGGUCGCCGCUGCGGGCGACACAAUCUUCCAGCUACGAGCACCACACGCACUUCGUGAACCACCGGCGCUGGGACUCGGCCCCGGUGGUCCCGCCGAAGCUCAAGAUCCACGCCAGCGAAACCGACACCGUGUCGCGGGUGCUCUGGGUGUAG